GUUCGAUAAUUCAAUUUUCAUAUUCUAUACCGAAAUACCGAGCCAUAGCGACCGUACUGAAAACGGAGGAUUGUGACUAAAUAUGGCAGAGCAAAUCACUCSAGGSCAUGCWAAAUCAGCCGGAAUUGUUGGCAUUUUAAUCUUGAUCUUGUCUUUGGCCACAUUAAUAUGUGGAAUUGUGUGGGUAACUUAUGGUGGCAAAGAUGCUCAGGGCAUUUGGAGUGGAUUACUGUUUGGUAUAACUGGAGUGAUUGGAGUUUUCACAUGGGUGAAACAGAACAAAUGCCUGAUGAUCUCCUUCAUGGUCUCCUGCAUCAUUGAUACCAUUUGCUGCAUUGUAGCAACUGUUUUUGCUGGAUUAGCUUUCCUGAUAUGGCAGAUCCUCAAAGCUAUCAUUGAAACCAAGUGUAAAAUCAAAGGGGGUCGUUGUGAUUGUGGCAAUGAUAAAGUUCCAUUGGAAUUGGAAGACUGUUCCUGGAUCAGUGCUAUUGAGGCCAUUUUCCUGUGUCUUUUGCUCAUCAAUGGGCUUCUCACCAUUGUUGUAUUUGCUGGAUCCAUUAUUGGAUGCAUUUCUGUAUGCUGUUCAUCAAGCCCACAACAAACAGCUGUAGUGGUGGUUGAAAAUCCAAAUACUACAGGAACCGUUAUCAUUCAAACACAACAAACCUACCCAGCACAUUCAGCUCCUCCUGCUGCUAGUGGACCUCCACCUCAAUACAGCCAAGAUGCUUCACCUCCUGGACAGUAUCCCAUGACACAAGAACCUAUUCCACCAAAAACAGACGAGCAAUGAAARGUGUGAAAAYCCACCUCAGAAAAGAUAAAGAAGUUUAUUCUUGUGUGAAAAUAUGGAUUAUCAAAACUUUUAUUUCCCUAUUUAUCAAAGGGAAAUAUACGUUUUUUCAGUGUAACAAUUUGCACCAUUUUUUUAGUUAGUGUAUAUAUCAACGUGGGUUCUCCAUUUCUAUAUUUGACAGAGCCUGUAUUAUUACAUUUGCAGAUAGGCUUAACCUGUUCUGUCAAUAUCAUUGUGUACCUACUUGCACCACAUAUAAAAAAGCAUGGAAAAACAUUGUAACAGCUUUUUGCGAARGACUUGUGAAUGGGAUUUAUUCAGGUUUAUAUUAAACUUGAAAUACAGCAUGCAAUGUUGAAGAACACACUUGUACAAAGAUCAUAACCAUUUCUUUUUGUUGUUUGUGCUCUAUGAAUUUCUAACUGAUAAUUAUUACUAUUUUUGGGGGGAAAGCUAUAUUUCUUCAAACAAUGUGUGUAAAUACUCACAAAUGACAUUACCAUUUCAGCAAGUACUUUG